CGGAGUUACGAGUAGAAAGACGAUGGUCAAUUUGUAAAUUUGGUUUAGUUAAAUUCAAUCCACUUGCGCACGCGGUUGCUUUUUGUUAAACGAGUUGUCUGCUCUUUUUGUUGUUUAACUGAUUUUUCGCGGUUUAUUUUCACGCUUACCGCGCAUGAACAAAGGACUCACAUUUAUUUAAAAUGAAAAAAAGAUUAACAUAAUACAGAAAAAUACGAUUUCUUGUUGGAUGAGAAUAAACAUACAUAUAUUUUAAACCGAUCGUAAAAUAGUUUACAAUAGCCAAAGGCAUUUUUUAAGUGUAAAUUAAAACAAAAAAACAGGACCAGUAAUCUUCACUCUAACUAUAUUUGCUGAGAAAAUAUAGGUUUACAUGUAGAAAUGGGCGAAUUUCAGCAUAUUACCAGAAGUAUAGUACAACUUAGUUAUAUAUAUCUGUUUCUGCUAGCGUUAGCAAUGGUGAUUGCUGUUGAAGCUACGGAUACCACAACGACAAUACUAAGUAGUAAUAACGGUGUUACAAAAACAGCGUUCACAUCACAAAUUGGAAGCAAUGAGUUUGUGGACGGUGAGUCCAAACAAUCUCAUUCAAGAAAAAAACGUCUGGUGUGGAUAACAGAAGAUGGUCGCCUUGCUCUCCCGCCAGGCACUGCACUUACAUUUACGCCGACAAUUUCAAUGCCUUUAGUCCGCCACCCUCCAGAGGGAUUCUUUUCGAAUGUAUCCAUUAGCUUCCCAUUGACAAUUGAUUUUGACAAGCUUGGUUUAACGGAUGAAUCCAAUCCCUUGGGCGAUUUACCACCUAUAUUCACUAGACAGUUUGGUCGCUCAACAGGGCGUGUGCUAGGAGACUAUAUGGCUCGUUAUCUGCAUUAUAAAAGUAAACGUGAUUUAGUUGCACAGAGCAAACCUUUAAACGAGGAAUAUUCUGUUUAUAAAAUAAAAAUGGCAUCUGAAAAUGUAGAGAAAUUGGAGCUUCCGAGACUACCAGAACAUUUUAAACAUGCAUUUCAUGGUGGAGAAAGAGUAAUGCUUUAUGGAGCGGUAGAGGACUUACUCGGGACUUUCGGUAUAAAUGGAAAAGCCUGUUUACUACGAACAAUAUGCGAAGUUCAUUCCCGGGAAUUAAAUCAUUUAGGAGUUUUCGGUGAAAUAACAAAACUGUUCUUAACUGCAACUAAUUCACCAUUUGCUGAACUGAUUCCGGAAUAUGUUAGCGCACAAGAGAUUGGAGAAGGUCGGAAAGCUCCCGGUGAAUGCUUUCCCUAUUAUAAAGACUGUCCAAGGAGCAUAUUUAGAGAGACGCAGAAGGAUAAAUAUAGCGAAUCACAAACCGGUGAUUAUUAUAAAUCUGAAGAAAAAGAUGUUAACGAGGAAGAACUCCAUGAUAAAUUAUUGCAAUUCUCCACUGCGAAGCUAUCUGUAAAGUCACAUAAAAAGAAAACGUUAUUCAGCAUGUGAGAACAAAGCAACUUAAACACAAUAUACAUAUGGACGCACAUGCCUAUGUAUCUAAAGCUGUGAAUGCAGUUUGUUUAAAGCGGUGUGUUUUAGGAACACUGUAUAGCUUAUAAUAAUGUUCAAUAAAAGUCAUUUUUAGCAAAUUGCUUAUCAAUCUAAGUCGAAUUUAUAUUGUAUUGUUAUUAUAUACCCAUAAAAUAUUUAUUUUUAUGUAACUAUAGUAUUUAUUGUUCUUAUACACAUAUUGUGUACUUGUAUAUAAUAAACGAAAAUAAUUAUUUUUAUAUUGUAACAAAA